AUUUCGAUGAAAUUUUGUGUGGAGGUAGCUGACCCCGUGGAUUAAUGAACCUACUUUAAUCUUCUUUAAAAUACGGUUAUGUUUCUUACAGCUAUAUCUGACAUUUACGCGGGCGUAUCUGCUAGUAAUUUAUCUAAAACUAUCGAAGAAUUACGUUCUUUGAAUAACAACGUAGGUUCAAUAUUGUUCUAGUACGAAAAUAGACUUAAUGUCUAUAGCAAAAUAAUAUUUUUGUUUUAAAAGCUCUAGGCUCAAUUUUUAACUAAAACCAUGGAACAGAAAUACCGACGGAAGUGCCUGCUACCUACGCAUGUGUCACUUUUGUGAGCUGACGAUCUUCUUUGUCUUGGAAAUUUAAUCGAUUUAGAAUCGCAAUUUGUUUCAUGUCAAAUCUAACUAAGCAUAUCAUCAUCAUCAUCAUCCACAGCCUUUGUCCUCCCACUGAUGGGCAUAGGUUUCCCCUUUCACGAGCCGAUUUCUACGGUCCUUAAUAUCAACAAAUAUUUAAAAAAGGUAAAGAAUUCUUAACUAAUAAAGUUAUCUUGCGAUUGAAAAAUCGGCCCUUAAGAGAUAAUAACUGCCAAUUAUUAACCAGAUUCCCGAAUCCUGGCUGUAUAGCACUUCCCUCUGUUACAAUCUUCUAUGUCUGUUCCAGAUAAUUUUUCGGGAAGGGAAAACCCAGUCUACAUCAUAUAUUGAAUAAACAAACAUUGCUUUCGAACCAAACUGAAUAUAAAUCAGCAUUUUCGACCGUAAAGCCUUGGCAUAAAGCUUAUAUUACGACUUACUUUCCAUCUGAUACAUUUUAUUCGCGAUAAAAUUUAUCUCUUAACCAACUGCGUCGGUGCUGUAGCUUUAAAACAGUUGUUAUUCAAACGCGGUACGCGAUAGACGUCUAUUAAAAGGUUAAAAACUUUAAUUAAACAAUAACUUAACUAUAAAUAUUUAAAUAUUAAAAAAAUGAAGUUCGCGAGUUUGUGAAAUUGUAACCGUUAUAUCCGAGACUACUGAACCGCUUUUGAUAAGUCGCUUACGAAUUGUGAAUGUGUUACGGUAUAUAUGAAGCUAAAAAACUAUAACUCGUUGUGUGUUUUUUUAUAGUUACAGAAUUAUAAUAUUCAUUUGUAAGCCAUAUGUGUAAUUUAUUUUAUAAAUAGUUCAAUUUGUAGUUUGUGGCCAAUUUUUAUAGAAGAGUUUAGAGAAAAAAACCAUUAAAUUUUGAAGUAUCCAGAUGCAGUAACCAGCCCCCACCAUGCGUAUCCUCCUCCUCGCUGUACUCCUGGGACUGUGCCAGGCGCUGCCCUGUCCUCGCGGCUGCAGCUGCGGCGCUGGCGAUGAGCUGGAGUACUACUGCCCCGCCGGCAGGGCCAACGUCUCCAUCGCCACCAGGACCAAUGACUAUGUCAAUGUUAGAUGUAUUGGCACAAACUUUACCUGCUCCGAUCUGCCCAUCAUAAACCUAGCUAAUAACCUCACGUUACCAUCGCUGGGCGUCACGAACUGCUCGCCAAGUUUCCUGCGCUGCAUCAGACAGGCUCUGCAAGCCUCGUCUGUGGUCUCCAUGGUGAUGACAGGAGCUACUGAAGGAAUGCAGGUCCAGGAUCUGGAGAAUAUGACUGGGUUGCAGUCUGUCAUGAUUAAAAUGAGUCCAGAGAAAACUAUUCCCGUUGCAGCAAUUAGCACAUUGAAGAAUCUAAACCAAUUGCGAAUUACAUAUUCCAAUAUAAAACUAGAAAGCAAUGCAUUUAUAAACACACCACCGAUCAAAUUCCUCGAAUUGUCUUCAGACAAAAUAACUGAAAUACCAGAGAAUGCAUUUCAAGGACUAAAAUCAUUAACAACUUUAAAUAUUUGGGGAAACAACUUCAGCCAUGUUGGAGAAAAUUCGUUUAAAGGUCUAGACUCGUUAGAAGAUAUAGCAUUAAAUACGAAUCACAUUAAAUCUAUUGAUGAGAGAGUCUUUCAACCCACACCGAGAUUAAAGACAGUUUUAUUAAUGGCCAAUGUCAUAGAAGAAAUACCAUCCGGACUGUUUAACAAUCUAGAGGCAUUGGAAAACAUUACAAUAAGAUUAAACUUCGUACAAUUAAAAUUACAACCUCAAUGUUUAUCAAAUUUGACAUCUUUAAAGAACAUAGUGUUCCAACAAUCUUAUGUACAACAAAUACCAGAAGACUUCUUAAAAGGUUCAACCGACGUCAGAAGUUUAGUUUUAAACCGUAACCAGUUAACAAGUCUUCCAGAAGAUGUGUUCCGAGACCAGAAGUAUAUGGAGAUAUUAGAUUUGAGUUAUAAUAAGAUAGCCGAGUUGAAGGCAACGGUUUUUACUCCGUUAAAACAAUUGAGGACUUUGAAUUUGAAUAGAAAUUAUUUGGAAGUAUUGCCAGAGUCUCUCUUCGCCGGCCUCCGUCAUCUAACAACAGUAUCCAUAGACAACAACUUCCUAACAACUAUCUACCCGACAGCCUUCCUCGGCGCGACAGGUCUCACGACCUUGACCUUGACCUCCAACAACCUGACCUUGAGGUCAAAAGACUUCGGCGUAUAUAGCAACUUUAUAAUGCAUUCGCCUUUCGGUUCCUUGAAUAGUUUGAAAUAUUUGGGUUUACGAGAUAAUAAAAUAGACAGUAUUUUUGAUGAUUGGAGGAAUGCGCUACUGAAUCUGGAAAUUUUGGAUCUGUCGAAGAAUAAGUUUUCUAUUUUGGAUAUGUAUGACAUCCAAUUCCUGGGCAAAAACAUCACCGUAGACCUGCGCAACAACGAAAUCACCACUUUAGAACUAUCCUACGUAUCACCACCUGACUCAACACCAUCCGUCUCAAAAUCAUCAGGCUUCUCAAUACUCCUGGACGGAAACCCGUUUAACUGCGAUUGUGGACUUUAUCCACUUGCAUUAAGACUCUUGGGUGGUAAACCACUGACUGUGGAACCUAAAUUUGUUGUAGGUAAUGCAAGAUGUGCAUCACCACCCCACUUACAAGGUAAACUGUUUAGCCAGUUAUCACCAAGUCACUUAAAUUGUGAUUUGCCAGAAGAAAAUUGCCCAGAACAGUGUUCAAAGUGUAUAAAACGACCGGCUUUCGAUGAUAUUGAUCUAGAAUGUCUGUCUAUACCAAAUUUAUUUCCCAAUUCUGAAGAUUUUGGUGCAAAAUAUUUUUCAUUGAAAGUUCAAAAAAUUACACAAUUUUAUGGCAAUUUGAGUCUGAAUUUGUUAAAUAUAUCUAAUAUAGGUCUCGAUGAAAUACCUUUCGAACCGAGUAGCACAAUAAAAGUUCUAGAUUUCAGUAAAAAUAAUCUGAAAAAGAUACCAAUUGACUUUCUUGAAUCUGAUUCUAAACUAUAUCUGUCUGGUAAUCCUUUUGAAUGCGACUGUUGGUCUUCAAACGACAUCGCAUUGUUACAAAAAAGUGAUUUAGUUCUAGACUUAGAUCAAAUAACUUGUAGGAACGGUGACAGGUUGCUACAAGUCGACAUCGUAGCACUCUGUAGCACUUGGAGGGCGGCCGCCGUAGCAUCCGGCGUGUUUAUAACGAUGCUAGCAUUAUUCUUCUUCGUAGCCUUAACUAUGUAUAUAUAUUCACAUGAAAUACUCAUUUACAUCAUAGACCACGGUCUCUUCCCGUGUUGCUUUAAAGACGAUUUGACGGACAUAGAUAAAGAAUUCGAUGUUUUCAUCUCUUUCGCGCAUAAAGAUAGGAAUUAUCUCAGAGAGUUAUUGCCCAAGAUUGAAAAUGAUUUCGGACAGAAAACCUGUCUGCACUACCGUGAUUGGUACGCUGGUGAUUUAAUACCGACACAAAUAAAACGCUCAGUCGAAAAUUCUAGAAAAACUCUGAUUUUGCUAUCUAGGAAUUUCCUUGAAUCUCAUUAUGCUAAUAUGGAAUUCCAGGCCGCGCAUAAUUUAGCCUUAAAUCAAGGUAAAACGAGAGUUAUUUUAAUUUUACUUGAAGAUGUGUCUAAAAGUGAGAAAUUAUCUGAUGAGUUAAAAGCUUAUAUGUCGACCAAUACCUAUCUUACAUGGGAUGAUCCGCGAUUUUACGAGCGCCUUCAAAAAGCCCUGCCUAGACGUAUGAAGAAGAAAUUCGUAUUCCCAGAGGUAUUUAAAAAUGAAAUUAAAAGCGGCCUAGAUGUACACUUGAAUAGUGAUGGCAAGUUAGUCAAUAUUGCGGUCAAAGAUACGUAAAUCACCGCUUGACUAAUCACCAUUUCGUUAAUCACCACUUCACUUAUACGUGAGGAUUAGUACUGAGAGCCUUAAUCUACUUCUUAAAGAAGAGACUAUUGAAUGUUUGAUUUAUUAGUUUUUUGUAAAAUUGUUUGAGGCACGCUCGUCAUUGAGAAUAAUAAUGUUUUAGGCAAAAAUAUGAAUCUUCUUACUUUUAACCGACUGCGAAAAUGCAAGUUAUGCUUUAAAGGUUUACCACCAGUUAAGCUGUAGUUUUAAGACUAGUUUUAGUAUAUUUCUAGCUAUUAUAGGCGGCUAAUUUUGAAUCCCUAUUUUGUUAAUUAUAUACAUAAUGAAAAACGGUACUUUUCAAUCGACUUUAAAACGAGGAAGCCUCGACAAACUGAUUGAAUAGAUUAUUAUUUAAUUUAACGUAAAAGUGUGAUUUGGUCCAAAAAAAAAAUUCAUGAAGUUCUUAAAAAAAUAUCGUGUUAAAAAACAAUCUAUAAUUUGUAAUUAAUUAAAUGAAAGAUCUUGAAAAGAGUCAUUAUACACAUAAUUAUGAACAACUAUGAUAAUAAUACAGUUAUCGCGAAAAAACUAACUCAUUAUUCUUCACACAGAAUUUAUUUUUAAUUGAUUUUUUUUUCGCUUUCUAGAGCCCACAUUCCGCUCAGUGCCCCAAUUCCGCUAUUUACAAAGGCCAAUGAAUGAAUGGAAAUGGGGAAAAAAGUCACUUUUCGUAUGCCUUAAAGCAUUUUUCUAACAUAAUAAUUGGAAAUUCAGUACACUCACGGUCAAAGUCAAUGUCAAAUAUUUCAAUUAAACCAGUAUAUGUCACUUUUGAACGUCAAACAAUUAAGUAACACAAUAUUCAAAUCUAAAGUGAGUCUGUCGGUCAGUCUCCUAUGGAAGCUCCCGCGUCAAUACAAUGAAUUUCCAAUUAUUAUGUUGGCAAAGUGCUUGCGAGAAUACGAUUGUGUCAGAUUUAAUCCAAUUGCCAUUCAUUUAUCGGCCAUCGUAAAUAGCAGAACCGGGGCCUAGUAUUUUUGUUCAUAAUUAUAAGUACAAUGACCACUUUCAAUAAAAUUUUGACCCCUAAAGACUGAUUGUUUGAGUCAAACAAAAAGACAUCUAUACUCUAUACUAAUAUAUAAAGCUGAAGAGUUUGUUUGUUUGUUUGAACGUGCUAAUCUCAG